AGAAUAUUUCUUAUCUUUUAAAUUGCAGGGAAGAAAUUCAGGACCAUGUUGUUCACUGGGGAACAAAGUUUAGCUUCAACUGCCGAAUGAGCGCCAAUGCUGCCACAGGGAUCCUAGAGCCGUGCUCAUGUAGAGUCUCAAUACGGAAGGAGGUGAAAGGAGGCAAGUCAUACACGAAGUGUGGUUUUGUUGACAUCAACCUUGCGGAGUUUGCUGGAGCAGGUUCAACAUCCAGGAGAUAUCUUCUUGAAGGCUACGACUCAAAGAAUAGACAAGACAACAGUACAUUAAAGGUCAACAUAGGAAUGUUAUUAAUGUCCGGUGACCCAUGCUUCAAAGCGCCGGAUUUCAAGCAGCAUCAGUUACCGUGCGACAUGACAGCAGAGACGUUACUCAUGGGUAAUUCGUCGGUACGGAAUGGUGAUGAGCUAACAAGAGGGGGCAGUAUAGCUAGCAGUAGUACAUCAAGUAAUAGUACAAGGAGUAAAGGCUCUAAACACAGACCGAACGUACUCACUUCAGGUCUAGUAUCGCCAGCCGAACCCGAAGCGCGCAUUUCGGAGGAGAGCUUUGAACUCGGUCAUUCCAGGUCAUCAAGCUAUAACUCGCAGCAAUCGAGGGCAAGCGGGUACAGCAGUGCGCACUCGGCGUCAUCGGGCGGCUUCACCACGGAGCACUUCUCCAGCGCCACCAGUCUGACGGACCUACCGGAGAAAGAACAGAUGAAGGACGCUUGGAGAGGAACAGGAACCAAUGAAAGGAGAAGGAAACACGCCGAAGCAGAGGAGUCCCAGAGAAGAUUAGAUAACACGAGAGUGGAUGCAGAUGAAGUUAUCCAAGGUAUCAUCAACCAACAGGACUUCCAAGCAGAUGAGAUGUCAGGUGAGGAGGGGCUGCAGCUUUAUAUUGCAAGAGACGGUUCAACAGCACUAGGGAGUCAACAAUUAAAAAACAGAAUGUCAGCAGGUACUUUUGAGCCAGUCGUGAUAGACCAGAGAUAAUGCUGCCUCCUGAUUGGUGGACGUACACCUAUACUCUGCUGUAAUUGGCCCUUUCAAACGUGGACAACUCCUUUGGGGGGCGGAGCCAUCCAUCCCCUUACUCGAGGUUGCUACAUCUGUCUCUCUUUCUUGUUGAAAAUUGCAAUCCUCAACAGUAUUGUAAGAAUUGCUUUUUGUGGGGUGAGCGGACGGAAUCUAAUCUCUACAGCCACAUCAAAUUGGCAAUCAUUCAUUAUGCAUGGCAUUUCAAUCAUUUGAAUCAUUCGAUGAAGUAACUGAUGAGAUAGAACUGUGAUUUACGAGAUUUAAUUUCAGAUGAGAUGUCAAAGGUCAACUUUAAGAAGAGGAGAGAGUGUCGAGGAUGUUAGAAGUUUAGAAGGACCACACAAUGCUUUCAUGGUGAACAGUGCAAGACUCUUGAUAGUAUUCUAAUCAUUGUGAAUGGAGAUGCCCAUGUUCAGUCGCGUUUACCACUUGGCUACAGGACCAGCAUGUUCCCUGUGCAAAGUCUGCAGGAUGCACAGAUUACAGUAGUCAGCGGGUCCCCUUCAAGUCUCGCGUUCUCCAAUUUAGCGAUGCUUAAGUGCUAUGAAGCUUUCUAAUAGCAGAACCAAAUCCAGUGAAGGACAUAGAAUGUGGAUAAUGCUAUAUGGUCUUAAGUGAUCAUCCUGGUUUUAGCAUGAUUGUCCUGUAAGACCGUGAACGGCUCCAUCAUUUCCUGAUAGAGAGAGACCUAACUCCAACGAGUGAAGUUAUUGUGGAAAUUACAAAAAGAUAGUAGUUUUCAUGUUGCCUGUAAUUUUAGCUGUAAUGAGCAAUGCAAUGCAAUGCAACUAAAUCAAGUUAAUAAAAACCAUUAGAGGAUCCCUAUGUUGUAGGGGUAAAAAAGAAGGUUUGUUUUAAUCAUAUCUUCUAUUUUUUUUUACCUUUUAAGAAAAGGAAUCAGUAAUCUAUUUUCAGUGAAAAAUUUCCUGGAAAAAUAUUUCAAUCAGACAUUGAUAAAUCAUAGAUUAAAUUCCUGUGGUAAUAUCAGUUGGAGUGAACUUCAAUUCUUUUUCUUUUUGUUGCCACUGUGGGAUAUUAAUGAAUUUCAUUUUAUAUCCUAUUGAUUCUGUACUGAAAAAGGUGAUGCUGAGCUUUGUUUUUUAAUUUUUUUUGCACCAAGUAUGUACAAGCCAGGCCCUUACUCUAUAUACAUGUACAGUAAAUACCCAUUCUGUGAACAGUAUAGAAUAUGUUGAUGUCCUUCAGUAUGGAAUUAUGGAUGAAAUCUCGAGUGUGAAAUAUGUGAAUUGUUUGGUUAAAAUGGGUCUCUUGCAAUGUUUCAUGUUACUCCUGCAUCGCAAGAAUCGAGAUAUUUUGUUCUUGUAACGGAAAAUUGUUAAAAUUUAUCAUAUCUUCAAUUUCCCAUCAUGCUUUCUUCUAUGUAUGCAGCCGUACAUUUUAGGGUCCUUAUGCUGUCGAUGAUGUUAUGUAUUCAGUUUUCUACAUUUUCAUAUACAAGGAUUGUUAUAUGUUUACUUUGUUUAUUCUACUGAUCUGAUUAUCCCACUAAUCUUGCUUCUUCCCGUCUACUCGGCUUUGAUUCCUUUGCAGAAUCCAUUUGAAGCUUAAAUAAUCCCCAACAUCUAUUAUAAUCUCCUUUUCGCACUAGUAGCGGAAAGUCUGAUAAUCAUAUAAAGUCAAACAGCAUUUUUUUUUCAUAAGGUAUUGUACCAAACAAUAUUUUUUUUCCUCUCCAAUUGUAAGAGUAUUCUAUUAAGGGAAAGGAUGUAAUAAUUAGUAGGAGCAUUUAAUGUAUUGGCAUCUUAUUUUGGAAGAGUAUUAUAUACUGGUAGUACAAAGAUUGCUUAUCAGUUGCCUUCAUGAUCACAGUCAAGCUAUGGCACUUAACAGCAACAAUGUUUGGGUCUAACAUUAAUGUGUAUUAAUGGGACUAAUCCUAUAGUCCCAUCCAUUGUUUUUUGUGCAUGUGACUCCUGCAGUCUUUGGUCAAAUGCUUUAGGGAUUCUUAAAUAUAACAUAUGCUUGUACUCCUUUUUUUGCAUUGUAAUCAACAUUUUGCAAUUUAUUGGGAAGAAAAUGAAUUGAAUCAAAGCAGAAGAGUGAUUUAUAAAUAUUAGUUACAUUGAAGAAAAACCUUUCAUUUGCCAAUCUUUCAUUUGCCAGACAUGGAAUUCCAAAACUUAUCUAUUCAUGGUUUAAAUGCUUCCAUUUUUGUAUUUUAUUAUUUUGCUAAAAUUCAAAUUCGUUGCUUCCUUUGCACAUUAAUUUGAUUUGUGCUGACAUUUCUUCUGUUUUGAUAAGUGUGUUUAGAUUUUUUUUCUGCUGUGAAUUAUGUGUGCUGGUUAUCAACAAAUUGUUUACAUACUACUAGUAACCUUAAGAAAAACAGUUCCCUGUAAAAUUGUGCUAUGUUUUAUGGAGUGAGUCAGAAAAAAAAACAACUUUGCACCUAAAAAAUCACUAAUUUGAUGGAAAGCACAUCAUAAACAGUAUACUCUUAUAUUGAAAUAGUAUCUUUUUCCGAAUAAUUUGGUAACAUUUUAUUGGGUAUAUUGUUUUUGUGCUUGAAUAGUCGGAGGUAUUCUUUGCUGUGAUGUUAAAUUUGAUUUGUGUCACAAUGAUGCAUGGUUGCAGUGAAUGUCAGUGUAGUCAAGGUCAAUAUUCUCAAAAGAGGUUUGUUUCAAUGGUACACCCUGGUACAAAACCAUUGACUAUUCAGAUUUCUUGUACUGUUGCUCUUCAAUUGAAGGUGCCCUUUGCCUAACGCGUGCAUUUAUCAUAGGACUUUCCCAAGUGUAUGCAUUGCAAUAAGAGUAAUUAUGUACACAAUUCUGCAUGGUCCAUGUUUUUGGACCAUGGCACAUUUGAAACCUCUUUCAAGAAUACGAGCCUAAAGGGUAGCAGACAGGGUUACACUUCGUAAUUCUGAAGGUUCUUUAUUCCGAAGGUUCAUAAUUCCGUUAACGAAAUAAGGUUCGUUAAU